AUGCUCAAGCCGAGAUUCAACAACGCCUCGAAAGCCGCACCUCGGUUUGCAUUGGUGCGAUCUAUCCUUGCCAUACAUGAUGCUAUCGUCUGCAAGGUCGGGGCAACUACGACCGACCAGCCAUGGUUACGUGCGCAAUGGGAACAGUUUGGCAUUCGGUACGUGCCUGUGAUGGUUCAGCCUCACCCUGUUUGGGCACAACCUCUCCAGCAAAUGGCAGAGGAGAUGAAUGGUGUCUUUUAUCCAAAUGUCGCCUGGACGGCAGACGGACUGAAGAAAAGGCUCAACGUGGCCUCCAACCCACUGUACGGGACCGGUUUGGACAGCAUCUUCCGUACCCGAGAGGGCAAACGGACGAGGGCGGUUGCCAUGAUGCCCUGCUUGAGGCAGUGGAUCCUCGGGACACUGCAACGUCUGGCGGGAGGUGCCGCACCUGUGCGGCUGGAUCCUUUCGGUACUGCGGAGCUUCUACACCAGGCCCUGAAGGAUAUUGCGCUGACCAGAGAGCAACAGGAUGUCUUCGAAAGGGUCGUGGCCUGCAAUGCUCACUUUUGGCAAGUCGCUGUUGAUGGAUGCCUCGAUGGCUCCCCGCCGUGGCGGCGGCACGUAGCUCUCAACCUGGCCCUUCUUCGAGUCUACCACCGCCAUCUCGGUGCCCUGCGCAUCGUGGAUGGCUUGUCACAUGGCUCUGUCUGCUCUCUCUCCUACUCCGAAGCUUUAGAGGCUCUGCGUUACUGUCGCUGGGCUCUUGCGGUAUAUGGCGGACGGGGGCUCCGUGAUGGGACCGAGAAGAUCGACUCUGAGGGUACGAGCAAGAUGGCAGAGCCUCCGAGCUCGAGCGCUCGGAGCCAGCCGGACGAAGAGGAACGCGUGGCCAUGGCUGCUGCUGUAGCCGAGUGUGAACCUGAUGCCAUUCUCGUGUCAGACAUGGAUGAUGCAGCACAGGCCAGUGACCCGCUGUGCCCGCGAUUCCUGCUCGCGGAGGAUAUCCAACGCCGAGAGCUGAUUGUCUCUGUAAGAGGCACGCAGUCACUGUCGGAUCUUUUCGCCGAUCUGGUGGGCGACGCAGAGGACUUUGCAGGCGGCAAAGCCCACUCGGGCAUCCUGCAGACCGCUCGCAGACUCCUGGACCGCUUGCAUCCACAGCUCCAGGAAGGCCUUAGCCGCCUGGAGGAACUGGGCAGAAGCAGCCACGGAAGCAGCCCAUCGAAGUCGAAGAAGCGCCUGGUCCUCUGUGGCCACUCCCUCGGUGCCGGAGUUUGCGAGCUCUUGGCGAUCCUGAUGCUUGGUGGUGAGGAUGCAGCCUGGACGCUGCCAAAGGGCACCGAGCUGAAGGUCUUCCUCUUUGCCCCUCCUCCCGUCUUCGGGAGCGAGCCGGUGCAGCGGGCCAGCAGCUUCUCCCGGCUCUGGAGUUUCGGAUUCCGUCCCGCGGUUCCUUCUGCGGUGCAGAGGGCCAGGGAUUCCUCUCUCGCCUUCGCCAUGAACUACGACAUCAUUCCCAGGACAUCAUUGCACAACGGCUACAAGCUUUUCCAGGAAGCGAGGGCCAUCGACGACUUCGUUGACUGGGGCAAGAGGGAUGUCCUUCGCAAGUUGGGCCAAGGGGAUGCAGAAACGCAGGUGGCUGUGGCUCGCGAGCUCGAAGAUGCCCUGUGCAAGGGAGCAUCGACAAGGCCUGCAACAGGCAACCCGUUCCCGGUCCAGCACGCCGUCACCUCCCGGCUGUGCCACGUCUUGCUGGUACCAGGUGGGACUGCUAGCUUUUCUUCUUCCGGACAGUUGAAUCCUGCUGAAUGCAGAGACGGAGAAGAUGCAGUAGAUCACAGAGCCCACGGGCGCUGGGUGCUGAAGCGCUCGGAUCAUCUGCGGCAGUGGCGGCGGCGCUUUGCAUGGAUUGAGGCCGGCGAGUUGUGCUUUGCAGUGUCUCCAAAGGAUCCACUGCGUUCAAGCGUAGCCCUGACGGCCGACAGCACGUUGAUCAUGCUGCUCGGACAGCCAAGUAGUCAGCCGUUCCCCGUUGGCAUGGGGCCGACGAUGUCCUUCCGUGCCAGCGAGCCCAAUUCAGGAACUAACACGGAGUCGACGAUGCCAGCUGCUCGCGAUUUCGCAACGCCGUGGGCAUUCCGUGUGCAGACUGCAAGCACCUGGUCAGGCAUCGAGCUGCCAAGUACCGGAGAGCAGGCUUUGCCUGCUGUCCGGAGUUGUCUGGCCGCCGAGGUCUUCCUUUGUACAGAAAGCGCUGCCGAGCGCGAUGCUUGGCUCGUGGACCUGGCGGCCGCCGUCCGCGCCGCGCGGCAGCGCUGCAUCCGUGGCCUGGCCGGUUCCCACAUGGACCCCUUCCCAAGUGCUUCUGGCGUGCAAAAUGCCAGAUUCAAGCUCGAGGCUGAACUGGAUGCCCUUGCAAACCAGGCCAACCGCCCAACCGGUGUGCUGCCUGCGGUGCCUUCCGAAGACUUUGGCCGGGAGGCAUUGCUUGCGGACGGGUUAAUGAACGACCACGACGCUGGGCGAUAUGAGGUCGCGCUUGAGGCCCUUAUCGAACAGCUGCGCUGCGUGGAGUGCCCGGAGGAGGAAAAAAAGGAGCUGCCCAUUCAGUCAAUAAAUGCCACCACUGUGGACAUAGCACGGGUCUUCCGCGAGAAUAUUCGCGAAGAUGACGAGGUUGUCAUGCGGAUGGACUGCGAGGGUUCCGAGUACGUGCUCCUCAGGCAUGGAUUGGCACUGUGCUCCUCCUGA